CUUUACUUAUUUUAACGACGUCAUGUUUCACCGUUUCAGGUGUUGUCAGCGGAGCUCUCAUCACUAAACUAGGGCUCCCGUGGGUUACGUUUCUAUCUUGUAUACUCGUUCCAGUUGGUUUUGGUGCCUCUUCCUUUGUUACCAGAAUAGAGCAUCUAUACAUAAGCAUUGGUAUUGUAUCAGGAGUUGGAAUUUCAAUGGGAUAUGUCAGUGCUGUUGUGAUAGUUGGUAGAAUUUUUACAGGCAAGAAGAAAGUUCUGCUUCUAGCUGUGCUGAAUGCUUCCUCCUCGUUUUCUGGAAUAGUGUACCCGUAUUUUGUAAAUUGGUUGAUGACAUUGUUUGAUCUUAGUGACACGUUUUUAAUCCUUGGAGCUCUAUACAGUAACACGUUUCCAUUGUUCAUUCUAUGUUGGGUGAAUCGGAGCACACUUAAAGAUGUUGAAUUGUCUUCAAGGAAUUCUAAAAUUAAGACAGACACAAAAAAUGAGGCACCAUCCCCCACAAUAAAACAUAAAGGAAAUUUUAUCAUAAAUGGUGUUCAAACAUUGAGAGAAAUGGUGAACACAACCUACAUUUUAUUACUUUUUGCCUACGCUCUUUCAGCAGCUGGCAUAAAUGGAUAUUUGGGGAUAAUUCUUGAUAUUUGUAGAUGGAAAGGUUUCAGUAAAUCUCGGGGACUAUUUACAUUUGUCAUUUUCAACAUCGCUAACACUGUAUCAAAACUUUUACCGGGUGUGCUUAAACAAAAACGUGGAUUCAAUUCUUUUAUUUACCCGAUAAUUUCCACUGUAUCUGGUUGUGUCGGGCAGUUGUUACUGUAUAAAGGACAGAGCUAUGUUUUGUAUGUGUUAGGAACUUGUCUGUCUGGCUUUGCAUUUGGCGGAGUGCUUUCGGUACCACUUCUUCUUGUGUUAAAAGCAGUACGUCCAGAAUUUAUUCCAGUAGGAUCAGGACUACUUUUUACAAUUUCAGGUGUAAUAUCCGCUAUAACAGGACCGGCAUUUGGUAGCCUGAGAGAAAAUUUUGGUACUUAUGGUAGCGUUGUUCUUACAAUCAGUGUCAUAGAGGCGAUUGCAGCGAUUUUCUUUGUCCUUGCUCUUGUCUACAGGCGAAUUGAUAUUGCUAAAAAGCAAUCAGAGGACACAACAGAAGACUCUAUAGAAAUCAUAGUCACUCAUUUAUAGUAACACAUUUUCAUUUAUUCAUUAAUAUAUUGGGUGAAUCGGACCACAUUUACUGAUGCUGCAUUGUCUUCGGAAAACCUUUUUUAAGGUAAGACAAACAAAGAAAACGAGGCACCCACUACCACAAUAAGACGCGAACAAGACACUUGGCUCAGUUCUGUUAUAUUUCCUUGUCAUUCAGAAGCAUGUAGGUCAUUCAAUCUUCAUGUGACAAGUUACAUUGCAUCUCAUGUACUGACUCAGUCAUUCAAAGGUAGCUAUAUAUGCUUAUAUGUCAGUCAGUCUGUGUUACGAUGAUAUCAAACCAUAAACAUAAAUUGCUGAGGAUUAUUUUAAAUAGAAAUCUAGAUAGAGUGAUUUUUAAAAUCUCCUCUUGUCAGGGGCUGACAAUCCGUAUUAUGGACAUUUUCAAAAAUUCUUUCUCAAACCAUCAUAUUUCGUUUAUGUCUAAAUAUAUAUUCAGGAUAUUAUGUUGUGUUUUGUUUACUGUCAUGCUCAUCCGUACACAACGACUUUCGUUUUUGUACAUUGGCUAGGGGAAAAACACGCUUAUUUUCGUAUAAACAACUUUGGUACAAGGCUGACCCUUUCCGCGAUAAUGCACGCACGAUCUGACGUCAUUCACAAACGUGAAAAAUUGGCGUCGUUCAGAUUAAUCUUUAAAAAAUUGUACACCAAACUUUGACAGAUAACACUAAAUUAUAGCUUAAACUAUUUUUUUUCUGACGGUUAAAAAAAAUUAAAUGGACAAGACUGUAUGAUUUUUCCUGGAUGUAAGAAUAUUUUAAAUAAAAAUCAAGAAUUGCAUUUUAUAGGAAGUCGAUUUACAAUUUAGCUAGGACGGGUCUGUUUGGUUGUUCGGUUUAGAUGUUGAAAAGAACGUUGUCCUGAAAUGUAUUUUUACUUUCUGAUACUAAUGGAAAACAAAACACUUACUUUUGUAGCAAGCUACUGUAAAAAUGUAAAUGUAACGAUUGAUUGCUAUUUUUUGUAUGUUAAAACAGGCAAACUACAUUAAAACUAAUAGCGAUUUGUCCAAGAAUCAUUAGAGCGGUCUUUAUACUCAACAAAUGUACAAAAAAAAAACAUCAUUUAAUUAUUUUGAAAGUGCUGUUAGAUUUUUAUACGCACGCAGUCAUUACAGAUUUUAUCUUUAUUCCAGUGCAGAAUAGAACAAUAUAAAAUAUCAUAUAUUUAGAUAAAAUACAAAAACAUUUACAUCAUGACUUAUAUGCAGUCAUAAAUAUCGUUCUUUUAUACCAGACUUAAAACAAAAUAUAUAAAAGGGAGGUAACUGUUAGAUAGAAGUGGUUCAACGGACUGCAUAGUCGUUUCAUCUGAUUAGCUGUAAGCGAUAAAUGAAAUUGUAUUUUCAUAUACCUGGAAACGAUAUCAAAAUUUGAUAUAAAUGAGCAAAAACUGUAAUUAUAUGGAAUGGUAACAGCGUUAUUAUUUUAUGACAAAUAUUUGCAAAUGAAAAAUAAACAAC